CACCACGUCUACCUGGAGGGGACCCUGCUGAAACCCAACAUGGUGACUCCCGGGCACUCCUGCCCCACCAAGUACAGCCCCGAGGAGAUCGCCAUGGCCACUGUCACUGCCCUGCGCCGCACCGUGCCCCCAGCCGUGCCAGGCGUCACCUUCCUGUCCGGGGGUCAGAGUGAGGAGGAGGCUUCCAUCAACCUCAACGCCAUCAACACGUGCCCGCUGGUGCGGCCAUGGGCCCUCACCUUC